AUGGUGAGGGUUGGAGAAGCAUUGAGUUUAUCAACCUCAUCGUCCUCAUCGCUCUAUGAUAGUGAAGUAGAAGAGCUUCAAAAGAUGCCAUUGGAACCACCGAGAGUUAAGGCUAAGAAACGUCUCUCGAAGCAACUCUCCAUGUUAGAGACAAAAAGAGACGUCGCAUGGGAGCGUCGCCGUCGCCAGAUGCUUCACCUUGAGAAGCAUCACGAAGGAGGUGAAGACUUGACGGACGAGGACUUGAGUGAGCUCAAAGGCUCUAUUGAGUUAGGGUUCGGGUUUAACGAGGAACAAGGGCAACAACUUACAACUACUUUGCCUGCAUUGGACCUUUACUUUGCUGUCACUCGCCAGAUCUCGCCUGUUUCUACACCAGGCAGUACUGGUGGAUCUUCUUCAUCCUCCAGACCUACUACCCUUGGAGACCGUUCCUCCUCUUUCGGUAGUCCUAAAAGCGACUCUGAUUCUUUGAAAGUUAUGUCCCCAGGAGAUAGUCCUCAACUGGUUAAAAUGAGGCUGAGACAUUGGGCACAAGCUGUGGCAUGCUCUGUGAUACAAUCUUCCAACUAAGCAUAGAAGUG